UUUUUUCGCUUACAUUUUCCAUCUCUAUGUAUCUGAACACCUUUUGCCUUUUGCAAGCCUGCAGAGGAUGUGGAGGGAGUCCUCUGCUCACAAGACAUGCAGGAAUUCACUUUUGAUUUGAUACAUUUUCGUUUUUGAGUCAAACAAAAGCUUAAAAAUGGACAUGGAUUACCGGGACGACGAUUUGCUGGAGUCGCAGCCAUAUAAUGAAGACGUGUUGCUUCAAUCGCGAGCUUCAGACGCGUUGUUGCAGUCUUCCAACUAUACGCCCAGAUCCAGUGCGAGUAAGCGUAGCGAGCAUUCGCAAAAAAUAAGCGCCAAAGCUGCUGCGUUGGGCGGGACUAAAACUCGCGUACCGGGUGGCGUGGCUGCAAAGGCUGGAGCCAGCACGAUGAAGUCGAAACCAAAGUCCAUGAGCAAGCCCACUUGGGAUGGCUCGAAAAAAGUCGUCAAAGCGAACCCGAAAUCCGGAACCAGAAGUGCCCGCCUGCCGCCGGUGCGGGUGGACGAGGAGGCGCUGCUGGAACGAGUUCGGAAUAUCACCGCGUCCAAGCAGAUCAGACUUGAAGAAUUCCGCGCGGAGAAGAAGGCAAACCGAAUUCAGGCGGUUAUCAACCGGUUGAGCGGGGGGUUACGGACCAACUCGACCACGGGGGCUGCUGCAUCGAUGAAUAAGGGCGUUUCAUCCUCCACCUCCACGAAGCCAACGUCGCCGCGGAGCACGUCGAAGACUAGCGUGGCACCGCAAACCGCAACGAGCAGUGUGGAUUUGAAAUCUCUGGUCACGAGGCUGACGGCCUCGCAGAAGUUUGCCGCGAAGAGUUCCACUUCGGCCGGCGUGACUGCGACCAGCAGUGUGUCAUCGACUCGCGGUGACGUUUCGCCGAAAAAUCUGGUAGCACCGAGUAGUUCCUCUUCUACUUCUCGCGUGCUGUCUGCCUCCGCCAAGGCCGCGGCAGCAAAGAGCGCGAGUCCGGCGUACUUGCUCCGCGCGAAGGCGAGCCGAAUGGCCGCCGGCGCGAGCGUCAUUCCGUCGAAAAGUUCGAGCGUGUCACCUAAGAGAGCAGGUGCUCCUGCGAGCGGCUCUACUUCUGCCGGGCCGUCCUCCCGCCUGACAAUGCUCACCGCUACUGCGAAAGCCAGGGUGCAGCUGAAGUCCCCUCUGUACACGAAGAAAGGCGGGAAUAGUUCUAGUGCCACCCCGAAAGUCGUCCGGUCGCAGAGUCCAGUGGCCGCGGCGAUUCAAAAGCUGAACAUGGCGGCUGCCCGGGUGAACGAAGAGCGCCGGCGGAGUGUGAACACGGGCUCGUUGACGCCUUCCGAGGCACCAAACGCCGGUCCGCUGUCAAAUGCCGCGGCCUCGUCGAAGUCCACCGUUCGGUCGGGGCGCGGUCGGUCCACACCGCGCAGCUACGCCAGCGAAAGGAUGCAGGCGGACGCAGGAGCCGCGCAGCAGGAGCUGCAGUCGUCCCGUGGACAGUCGCGGACCCCUAGGUCCAUCCGGAGUUCGGGCUCCUCGCGGUCGUCGCCGCGGUCGCUGUCGCAGGGGGCGAGCCCGCUCCCGAAAAACGUUUCCCCGAAGGUCCGACUGCCGCUGCCGUCCUCGUCCGCAGCGUCGUCCGGUGAGGAAACACAAGUCACGGUGACCAUGAACACCGCCCGGCAGGCCCAGGCAGAACAGGAAAGAAGUCUGCUGCAGCAACAAGAAGAAAUAAACACCGCCUCGAUUCUUGGCAGCACUACUUCUAAUGUUGUUCUCGAUGCGAAAGCUCGUAAAGAAAACAUUAGCCACCAGACUUUCACGACGUCCUCCGCUGCCUCGCCACGUGUGGCUCCGGAGGGAGAGCAGAACAUUACACCGGGAAGCACCUAUCGACAGGUUCUGUCCCCGAUCGCUAGUGUUGGGGAACCGACGUCGUCCUCUCCGCAUUCGUCGCCGCAGACGGAGCCCAGGUCAAGUCAGACGGACGGAAAGUCGGAAAAGUCGGAGAAGUCGCUCGCCUCUGCGAAAAGUAAAAAGCGACCUUCCGAGCGUGCGUUGACCAGUGACGACCUGCGGUUGCUGGGUUUAGGGGACGAGGAGGCAACGCGAUUGUUGUCCGAUUCCCGCACGCUGUCGCGCGAUAUUCUGGGCAUGAUUGCCGAGCGCCGGUCGCAGCUUUUGGCCGCUCCGGGCACCAAGUCCGGUUCUUCCGCCUCGUCGGACAUCGGGUCGGACCAGAUGAAGCGGUCUGUGGAUGAUGUGGUACUUAAUGAUUCGGUUUUUUGCUUGUUUUGCCAUCUGAUCAUGUUUCGUAAUAUCGUGUUAGAAUAGUUCUUGAAGUUUGUCGACCGUAUCAUGUAGAAGCUCACAAAAACCAACAAUCAUGUUGAUAUUCUACCUCGACAGAACGUCCGCGACGGUCUUGGUUCCAGCCAGUUUGCCGAUGAUCCGUUGAGCGCUUCCGUAGCCAGGCGACUUUCCGGAUCGCAGCCGCCUCCGACCUCUCGUCGACAGAAAGCGGAUUCCGUGUCCAUCACCCCCAGCUCUUCGAAGGGCGGGCGGAGCUCGGAGGAUUCCGACCGCGACGAGAAGAAGCGAAUGUCCCGGCGCGAGUCCGACCGAAUGGAAAUUCGCAUGGAGUUCGAAACCAAACUAGCGCAGCAACAGAUGGAGUACAUGAAAGAGCUGCAGGUGCGGGAGGAAGACAUCCAGCGGCUGACAUCCUUGGAGCAGAAGAUCCGCAAGGAGCGUGAGGACUUUUUGAUUGACCUGCAUGAAAAGAAGCAGGAACUCGAAAAGCGGGAACAGGAGAUCAGCGUUACGCGGGCGAACGAGGAAGCCAGGUAGAUAGAGCCUUUAUCUUUUCGACAAUGCCGAUGCGAUUUUUCCUUAACCUUAUCGCAAAUCUUUUGUGCAAUUUCGUUUAUCAUGUUUCCUGAAGAAAGUUUUACCGCACAUUCCUUAACAGGCUGCGUCAACUUGCGGAGGACCUUGCGUCGCAGAAGCAAGCGGAUGCGAAGCGCGCAUACGAAAAGGAGCUGCAAGAGGCCACCGAGAAGAUGGAGCGUGAGCGGGUGCAGUUCGAAAAGGAGCGCGAGGAGCAUGAGCAAGCGUUACGGACGCAGCGCUCGCACCUCGAGGCCCAGCGCGCGGAAUGGAGCCAGCUACGCCAGGAGUUUGCGCAGCAGUCGGCGGAGGCUCGCAAUGAGGCGCAGCAGAAAUUUGAGGAGCAGCUGCAACAAACCCGAGCCUCGUUGGAGGCUCAGACCGCUGCCGAAGUGGCUGCGGAAAAGGGGCGCUUGGCUGAGGAGCGUGCGCGUCUCGAGGCUCAGCAGCAGCAGGUCGAACGUGCAUCCGCAGCGCGGAACGCCGAGCAGACGCAGAAACUGCAGGAAGACCUGGCCGAGCUGCAGCGCCGACAGAAAGCGCACGAGGACCGACUUGAGCAGGAGCGGGUCGCCUGGGAAAACGCGCGCGCCAUGCAGGAAGAGAACCUGCGCCAGGAGCGACGGCUGCUGGAUGAGCGCCAGCGCGAGCAGGAAGCGCGGGAGCAUUCGCUGGCUCGCAAGCUCGCGGAGGAACAAGCUAAGUUCGAAUCCGAGGAGCGGCGCAAGAUGGAGGCCGACUUGCGGAGGGAAAUUCAGGAGCAACAAGCCCAAAUGGCCGCCCGCAUCCGCGAAGCGAAGGCGGAGGCCGAAGCCGCGGCCGCUCGCGCGAUCGAAGCCGAGCGCGAGCGCGUGGCGAACAUCGCUGCUGAGGAGACCGCUCGGAAAGUCGCCGAGGAAGCGGAGCGCGCCGAGCGAGAACUGGCGGCGAAGGUCCAGGAGGACGCGGCAGCACGGCUGGAACUCGAGCGCGAGCAGCGGCUCCGCGAACAGCAGUACGCGCAGCAGCAGCGCGAAAUCGAGGACGCGCGGGUUGCGGCGGAGGAACACGCACGCCAACUCGCCGAGGAGAAAGCCAGCUUGGAGCAGGAGCUCGAAGACCGGCUCGCGGGCGAGGUCAUGCGCCGUGCUGAACUGCAGGCCGAAGCGAAUUCCCGUGCGCGCGACGCUGAACUGCGAGCACAGCGGGAGUUCGAGGAGGAGCGCAAGCGCCUGCAGCGCGAGAACGACAGCAGUUUGACGGAAGCUCACCGCGAGGCCGAGGAGGAGAAGAACAGCAUGCAGCGGAAACUUUCGAAAGCGGAGCGAGAGCGCCAGGCUGCGUUGGCCGAACAGGCCCGCAUCGCGCAAGAGGCGCAAGAACGGGCGGAGCAAGCGCAGCUGGCGCUCCAGCGCGAAAAAGAGCAGCGGCUGCAACUGGAGCAGGACAGGGAGAAGCUUGCUGCAAAAGCCGCCAAAAUCGCAUCGGUUUCCUCGACGCCGAAGUCUGCUUCGCCGGCAACCUCCAAAGAAGCGGCCUCGCGCCCGAGCGUGGCGGUCUUCGGGGGCGCGCACGUUUUGCCAACUUCCAAGGGUCGCGACUCGUCCAAAACGAACUCCUCGUCAGACGAAUACAACGAGCGGAGCUCGGCGGGGAACACGGAGCAGCACGCGGUUGAUUUGGUCAACCCUGACCUAUUUCCGGUCGACCCGGCGGAUCACGACCUGGUGCACGAACUGAUGUCCAAGCGGUACAGCUCCAACGGCUCCCCCCGCGGACGGCACCGAUCGAAGGACGACGACGAACUGAGCUCGUCCCCGAGCCAGCACAUGCGCGGCGUCAUGCACUCGCGAUUCGACAAGACCGGCGACCAAAGCGUCGGGACAUCCAGGUUUCCGUCCGUCUCCUUGUCGAAGAAGACCCAGGAUGACGUUCUGAUGCAAUCGCAGUAUUCCGCUCGCGCACACACGCAGGAACCACUUGUUGACUCAAGUGUUGCAGCUUCGGCUGAAGUAGUCGCACAGCAGUCGGAGCAGCAGGUUGACCUUACCACCAGCAGCAUUGCGGAAGUCGGUGACUACCACGAAAAAGAAGGCUCCAAGAGGUCCGAGGGCUCCGCCGAUUUGCAUGUCUCUUCUGGCAUUUCCUCAGAAGAAGCUGGAACAGCAACCGCGGAACAGCAGGCAGUUCUUACCGAGAACAACCGCAGCUCGCUUGCUGCUGCAGCUGAUGCCUUAAUGGGCACGGUUCCGACCGACAUUGAGAAUGUCGCAGUUUUGCAGCACACCACGACCGGGUCGGAAGCAGCGGCUCCAAGCCAGGCCAGCAGCCCGGCACGGAACGCGCCACUGGAGCCGGAGGGCGAGCCGGAGCAAUCGGCGUCAGGCUCCGCGGCGGGCGACGAUGUGCAAUCUCCCGGAUCGCUCUCUGACAUCAUGGUCUCUUCCUUGGCGGCCUUCUCCUCGUUUGGAUUCGGUGGCACGCCCGUUUCGUCCCAACAACAAGAUAAAACCAAAGACGAGGAGGAGAAAGCUGGUUCCACCACCUCUGGUGCAACUGCCCCGGUAGAAGCUGUUGGUAAUACCGAUUUCCUGCCCGACUACGAGCUAAAGAAGGCUUCGAAGUCUAAGGCGAGCGACGGGGGCAUUGACCGCAUGCCGGAAGCCGACGAGGAGAAGGAGCGGGAGUUGUCCCACACCUCCAUUGCGAUCGACGAAUCCCUGCACCCCGACUUCCAGCCGUACAGUGGGCGCGACCUGCAGGAACCAGAAGAGGAUCCGACGUUCAUUGCGGCGGCAAGGCAGAGCAUCGACAUGCUGGUGGACCACUUUGCGAGUCUGUUCGUCACCCGCCCGCCGACACAGUCCACGCUGGUGUCCACGCGCCGGCAACAACAACAUCCGAGCAAGCAGUCGGAGGGCGAGCAGGCGUCUCCGAGAGGAGCUGGGGCGGACUUCUACAAUGUCAAUGAAGCCGACGACAUCGAGAAGCAGACGAAACUGGCGCACGCGCACCAGUCGAAGCAGGAACAAACUUACGGUGCGUUGGACCGCUCCUGGUCUGCGUCCUCGUCCGGUCGCCAGCUGGAGGCCGAGAUGCAAAUCGCGCACCUGGAAAACCAACGGCAUCUGGCGGAAGAGCGGGCGUCGCGUUCCGCGUUCAUCCGCCGAAUUUUGAUUGUCAUUGUCAUGAUUCUCGUCAUCGCGGUUUUAACCCUAAUCCCCUUCGCCGUCAAGGGCUGCAUCACGGAUGCGGGGGCGAAAAGCACCAGCACGGUCGCCCUGCGCGGAGGAACCGAGACGAUGCUGGCUGCCGACGAAACGGAGGAAGGCCUUGCCGACAGUGCCGCUUCCUCGUCGUCGUCGUUUGUCGCAACGGUCGCAGCGAAGGCGACGAAGCGAGCACUUUUUAGUGUUGUGUAACCUAAAGAGGAGACUUGUUUUGCAGCUUUGUAGUGUCAGUAGUCGUGUGUAGUGAUGAUGAAGAACGAAGCGCUUGUUCUUCCGGAGCACGACGAAAAAAGUACAAACGACAGCGAAGCAAUUCCUCGUUCACAACCAUACCUUUUGAAUUCUUCACCUUUAGGCUGAGGAAGAUACAUCGAGAUGGAGAUUUUUUGCUCUCCUCUAAAAUCUUCACACUUGAUACCAACAUCCCAUGUACAUUUUAUUUGGACGAGGUGGGUUUACGAGAUGUGUCCGUUCUACUCGUUGUAGGUCAUGUCCUAGUAAAACGCACUUGAUAACCUUGUUUUUUACGCAUCACAAUAUCUGUAUUUACCACGCACUGAAAUGUAUCUUGUCCCAAAGUAUUUUUUGUUUUGUUCUCAGAAGGAGGAGUACCGGGUAGCAAGAAAAUCUGCCACAAUUAGAGAGCAAAUAGCGCUAUAUCCAUAUUCACAUAGUUCCGGGAGUGUUGUAGUAAGUGUGUUUACGUGUUUACGUUUAUUCCUUUCCAUGGACACGGGCGAAAAGAUGAAGGCUCCUGUAGGUGGCUUGAUUCUAGUUUUUAAGAUUCAACAUCUGGAUCUUCUUGAUGGGCUUUACCAUGAGCUUCCUAGCGAUGCCAACCAACAGAGGCUAUUGGCGAAAGCCAGGCAGACUAGAGGACUGAACAUUGCUAGGCGACGAAAAGGGGAACGCACUCACACACACGUAAGGACAAGAGGAAAAU